UCAUCCCGCAAUUCACUUAUCUUUUAUCAGAGACACUCUUACAGUCUCACUACCACUUCCACCAUGGAAGCUGUACAAGGCCCCCCUUCACUUCCCUCUCCCAAAUUCGAACCAGACACCGACAGAAUCAAACGCAAGCUCAUCCAGCAGGGCGUCCACCCAACUCCCAAAAUCGUUCACCUCCUCCGCAAGAAACAAAUCCAAAAACACAACCGCAAAUUGAACCGCCUCUCCAAACAAUCCCAGACCUCACCACUCUCCGAGUCAGAGAAGCAGGCCCUGGAAGAAGAAACCCACUUCCAAACCAUCAAACACGAGUACAAGGAGUUCACCAAGGCGAUAAAGGCCAAGACACGUGAGAGCACCGGGGCUUUGAUGGUGGGGAAGCCAUGGGAGAGGCUGGAAAGAGUUGGGCUCAGAGAGGUUGCCAGUGAGAGUACUGAGUACAGUGGAGGGAAGCUCAAGAAGGAGAAGCUGCGUGAAUUGAGAGAAAUGUUUGAGGAGCGAAGGCUCGAUGAGUUACAGUGGGUUUUGGAUGAUGAUAUUCUAAUCAAAGAAGAGUGGUUGGACGGUGAAAACAGAGUAUGGGACCCAGCAAAGCGGCAGCGCAAUGAGGCCGAGGUCAUUCGGUUUCUUGUUGAAAGGCUAAGUGCUAGGGAGAUUACUAUGAGGGACUGGAAGUUUACGAGGAUGAUGAAGCAAUCGGGAUUGCAGUUCACUGAGAAACAGUUGCUUAAGAUUGUUGGAGGUCUUGGAAAUAAGGGACAAUGGAAGCAAGCUUUGUCUGCUGUGGAAUGGGUGUACAAUGAUAAGGAAAAUAAACGUUAUAAGAGCAGGUUUGUUUACACGAAACUCUUGGCAGUUCUUGGGAAGGCAAGGAGGCCCCAAGAAGCUCUUCGCGUUUUCAAGCUCAUGCGUGGAGAUUGCCAUUUAUAUCCUGAUAUGGCUGCAUACCACAGCAUAUCUGUGACACUUGGUCAAGCUGGUCUUGUGAAAGAGCUGAUUAGCAUUAUCGAAUGCAUGAGACAGAAACCUUCUAAAAAAAUAAAAAAUGCACGGAGGAACUGGGACCCAAUACUUGAACCUGAUGUUGUUAUAUAUAAUUCGGUCUUGAAUGCCUGUGUUUCAUCGCACCAGUGGAAGGGUGUGUCUUGGGUUUUUGAGCAGUUGAGAAAGAGUGGUCUUAAGCCUGAUGGAGCAACCUAUGGACUUGCAAUGGAGGUAAUGCUGCAAUCUGGAAAGUAUGACCUUGUCCAUGAAUACUUCAGAAAGAUGAAGAAAAGUGGGGAAGCUUCAAAAGCGCUUACUUACAAAGUUCUUGUUAGAGCUUUUUGGGAGGAAGGUAAAGUAGAUGAAGCAGUGGAGGCAGUCAGGGGUAUGGAACAAAGGGGAGUGGUUGGAGUAGCCAGUGUAUAUUAUGAGCUAGCUUGCUGCCUUUGCAACAAUGGGAGGUGGCAGGACGCUUUGGUAGAGGUUGAUAAGAUGAAAAAACUCUCUCUUACUAAACCAUUAGAGUUUACCUUCACUGGCAUGAUAAUGUCUUCAAUGGAUGGUGGGCAUAUUGCUGAUUGCAUCUCUAUAUUUGAACACAUGAAAGACCAUUGUGCACCUAACAUAGGGACCAUAAAUUCCAUGCUAAAAGUUUAUGGUCGGAGUGAUAUGUUUUCUAAAGCAAAAGAGUUGUUUGAAGAUGUUAAGAGAGCUAAGUCUGAUUCUUGCACUUCCCUAAAUGGUGUUGAAACUGCGCUUAUCCCGGAUAAGUACACAUAUAGCUCAAUGCUUGUGGCAUCAGCUAGUGCAUUGCAAUGGGAAUACUUUGAGUAUGUGUACAGGGAGAUGACUUUCUCUGGGUACCAGCUGGAUUUAAGUAAACAUGCAUCACUACUAGUGGAAGCAUCAAGAGCUGGGAAGUGGUAUCUACUUGAGCAUGCGUUUGAGACUAUUUUGGAAGCUGGAGAAGUUCCUCCUCCUUUGUUCUUCAAUGAAAUGAUAGUUCAAGCUACAGCUCAACAUAAUUAUGAGAAAGCUGCCACCCUGGUCAACGCCAUGGCUUAUGCCCCAUUUCAAGUCAGUGAAGGGCAGUGGACAGACCUUUUUGAAAAAAAUAGACACAGGAUUAGUGAGGGUAGUUUAGUGAAACUGUUGGACGCUCUUGGUAAUUGUGAGGUAGCAUCAGAGGCCACUUUCUUAAACUUGUUAAGAUCAUUGCACUCUCUCUGUGGUUCUGCCACAUUGAGAGACUUCUCAAGUUCCAUUGCAUUGAGCAAGGAAGCCUCGGAGAAAUCAUCCUUGGAUGGCAGUAAUGGAGGAAUUGAUAAAAAUAUCGGAGCAAAUAUCCCAAACUAUUCUGUAAGAAUGAUGCAUGAAAACCUUAACCCUGGUGAGGACCCUCUAGUCAAAGAUAGUGAUUGCACAUUAGACACGCUACCUGUUAAUCAUACUAGCACCAACAGAGAGGUUGAUGCUGAUUCAGAGACACUCACUUUGUCACCAAAUCAAGAUUGCGGCACAGAUGGAGAAACAAACCUUUGCAUCAGAGGAGAUGGUUUUGCUGAUGAGGUAGCAACUGGUACUGAACAACUGGCGAACAAGCUUGCAACUUAUUUGUUUAAUGAAAACUCAGAUGAUAUUGAUGAGUUGGAACUUGACACACUAGCAAUUGGAGAUGAAUCUCAUGAAUCUAACGUGCCCACGGCUCAUGAAAUACUGGAAGCUUGGAAGGAAAGCAGGAAGAAAGAUGGGAUAUUGUUCCCCCUUCAGCUUGGUCAGAAAUGAGGGCAAGGUGCAUCAUUUUUCAGCCAUAUCUCUUUAAAGGAGCUAUUGUUACAUUGUUAUAGGUCAAUUCAGUCGAUUUUGUGUUCAUAUGUUUGUAUAUACUUUUAUUAAGUAAAAUUUAGAAGCCACCAUCUAUGCUAAUGGUUUCUGGCCAGCUCUUAUGGCUUGUAAAGUAGUAGAAAGCUGUAGCUUAAUUUAACUCAAAAAUUUCAGAUUUUUUGUGUGUAUAUUUUUAACCAUGACUCUGUUUGGAGCAGUUUCUACAAGAGAAAAUUAAGAAAAGAAAAGGAAGAGAAAAAAAGAAUGGUUUUUUUUU